AGAUGCAGGUCUGUGUGUCUCAUGGAAAGGGAACAAUGUCUCUACCCCAGUAACUUUGGGGUAAAGCACUACUUGGGAGACAUUUACAGAUACACCACCCGUCCCCUCCUUCAUCGCUCUGACCCCACAGGGACUAAAAGGCAGUCAUGUGGCCUAACUUCUGGUCUCCUUCCUACUCCCUUCUCUGCUUUGUCUCAACAGCCUCUCCAUUACCAGGACCUGAUAUGGCCAUGAAACCUGGUGCUGGCCUGCCCCCUUUCACUACGCUACCCUUUGUCCCGCCUACUCCUGUUCCAUCAGACCAACCCGUCUGGGAGCCAUCACCACAGCCCCCCAUACCUCCUGCAUUCUCUGCAGGCAAUCCUCUGCUCCUUUCUGCUUUUCCCAGCCCAUUGUUGGUGACAGGAGAAGGAGGCUCUGGCCCCAGUGUGGCUGGAACUGGCCAGGUCAUUGUCAAAGUCAAGACAGAAGUGGGGCCAGCUGAGCCCUCUCAAACUCAGAACCAUAUAGUGACCCAGACAGCCCUAAACUGGAUUACCUCAGGUGCUCCCUGUGGGGGCCAGGAGGGGCCUCCUCCUCGGUAUGUGACAGCCUCUAAUGUGAAGACCAUUCUGCCUGCUGUGGCUGUUGGAGUGAGCCAGGAGGGCCUUGCAGGGCUUCCUCUGCAGGCUCUACCACCACCCGCCGCCCAACUGGCUCCCAUUGUGCCCCUGGAAAAGUCUUGGCCAGGAACACAAGCCUCAGCCAUGGAAGGAGGUCCGGUGGCUGCCCGGAAGCCCUCUCAAGGUGACCUUGCCUAUGCUUCCAAGGGUGUUUAUGAGAACUAUCGUCGCUGGCAACGCUACAAAGUCUUGGCCCGGACUCACCUAUGCCAGAGUCCUGAUGCAGAAGCUCUUUCCUGCUUUCUUAUCCCAGUGCUUCGUUCCUUGGCCCGACUGAAGCCUACUAUGACCCUGGAGGAGGGACUUCCGAGGGCUCUGCAGGAGUGGGAGCGUACCAGCAACUUUGACCGGAUGAUCUUUUAUGAGAUGGCAGAGAAGUUCAUGGAGUUUGAGGCGGAGGAGGAGAUGCAGAUCCAGAACGCACAGCUGAUGAAUGGCUCCCCGGGUCUGUCCCCUGUGACCCCUUUGAAACUUGAUCCAGGGCCCCUGGUCCCUGAGGCUUGCCAGCAGCCAGUGUACAUUCCCAAGAAGGCGGCCUCUAAGACACGGGCUCCCCGCCGGCGGCAGCGCAAACCCCAGCGGCCUCCGGUUCCUGAGGCACCCAAGGAGAUCCCACCAGAAGCUGUGCAAGAAUAUAUAGACAUCAUGGAAGGGCUUCUGGGGAGCCACUUGGACACUGGGAAGGCAGAGGAGGAAGAGGAGCAGCUGGAGGAUGCAGGGAUGUAUCCAGAUACAAGUCUGCUGAGCUACAUUGAUGAACUGUGCUCCCAGGAGGUCUUUGUCUCCAAGGUGGAGGCCGUCAUUCACCCUCAAUUUCUGGCAGAUCUGCUGUCCCAGGAGGAGCAGAGAGAUCCUUUGGCUUUAAUUGAGGAACUAGACCAAGAAGAAGGACUUACUCUUGCCCAGCUGGUCCAGAAACGACUCUUGGCUUUGGAGGAGGAAGAUGCACAGGCACCUCCAAGUUGCAGUGGAGCUCAGUCAGACUCAAGUCUUUCAGUUUCUGAUGAAGAUGAAGAUGGGGGUCGGAGGCCUCGGCCCUCACCUGGGCUUCAGGGGGCUGCGGGCACUGUUCACAUUGGAAAAUCUGCUUCUCCAGGCAAGCAGGCAAGAGAAAUGUAUGGUGGGCAGGAACAAGCCCUAGGUGGUCCAAGGGGGAUUCACAAGGAUGGAAACACUCUGCCAUCCUCUAGCAGCUGGGACCUGCAGCUGGAACUCACAGCUUCACAGGGCAUGCAAGUACCCUUGGGCAUGGAGAGAAAAGGGUCUGGGAAGGUUAUCAAACAGCUAUCUGCCCAUCAUGAUGGCCACCUGGGAGGUACUGGGCCCUUUGGGCACUACCCAGUGGCAGAUAGGAAUUUGGAAUCUUUACCUUUUUGCUGGCAUGAAGGCCCCCAGCCCAUGGGAGCCUCCAAUUUGGAUAUUGGACUUACAGAGCCAGUUUCUCUGCAAGGACUUGGGCUAGAAAAGCAGGCCUUGGGGCUGCAGAUAGGACAACAGAUUCAGGGAGUCGGGGUGCUCACUCAAGGGAGAGACCCUUCAGCAGUAUCUCAGGAAGGCUCUUCAAGAGCCAUGUGGGGAGAUGACAGAGGUCCUGCCAUGGUUCAGAGUUAUGAUCAGAACCAUUCCCCUGGAGCCCCUGGCAACCUGGACAGGGUUUCUCUCAGCCCUGGAUUGUGGCUGAGUGGUGACAUGGACGCUGUACGCUUAGAGUUACCCUUACAAAUCGAGAGGGUCAUAGACAGCACCCAAGAUGAGGCAUGUAUAAGAGAGGACCAGGCACUGAAUUCCAGAAACAGUGUUUCUCCAAGCCCUAGGAAAGCCACAGUGCUGGAGGAUGUAGGGAACAUUGUGGUUCCCUGUGGAGGCACAGGUUCAACAGCUGUCCUAGAAAAGAGAAACUCCUGUAGCUUGCCAGGAUCUCUGAUGGCCAGUGGCCCAGCUUUGAGGUCCAAAGAAAAUCAAGAGCUGAACCCUGAGACAGUACAGGAUCCCAGUGACCUGUGGGAUAAAGGUCACUCCCCUCUGUUGGAAACACUUGACACCUCCACACUGGGGUCUUCCACAUGCCAAGGCAAUCUCCUUAUUCUUGGGACCCAGGAUACCUCCUCUUUCCCCCAGGCUAGCUGCGAGGCAGAGAGCAGAGGUAAUCUACUUUUUCCUCUGUUGGAAAACAUAGAACAUGUUGACAUACUAGAUGUUAGAAAUGACAGUGCCCCCCAACCAGGGGUCAGCAAGGAUUCCUGCUCAUCAAAUUUUAAUUCUUGUAACCUUCAAGGAGAGGGCAGGGAAGAUACUGUUAUCUCCAAACCUACUGACCCUGUUCCUUUACAAGGCAAUCAAGAAUCUUAUACACUCGAGACCACCAAAUCAGCAUCUUCCCAGGGUCUGGGAAGUACUUCCCCUAGACGGGGAACUAGGGAUGCUUUAGUUUUGAGAGAAGUAUCUAUUAGAGAAACACACAACUCAGCAGAUAGGGCCAAAGGGAGUGAGAAAGAGGAGGAAGAAGAUGAAGAACUCUCUAACUUUGCCUACCUUUUGGCUUCAAAACUUAGCCUUUCUUCAGGAGGGGUUUCCCUUAGUACUUGUCAUGCCUCUGGAGGUCAGGGAAUCCAGAAAACAUCCCACCCCUCUGCUGAAGUAGAUGACCUUGGCCAACCUUCACCCUCUCCCCAUACAUCUGGGAAGCAAGCCCUAGUUGGGAUUCCAGCUACUGCUGUGGAGAGACCCCAGCCAGGAACUCAGCCUGGCAGUUCUGGGCAGAAACCCCUUGCUCUGGGAAUAGUGCAGCUCCCACAGCCUCGUAAAAGGCGGCGUGACACUUUAGUCACGAGCAAAAGGAAGAAACGACGUCGUAGCCAGUAGGAAGUGAAGGGCCAUCCUGUUCCACCUAGCGGCACCCAAAGGUGGGGCCCCAGAGUAUAUUUUACUGCUGCUGCUCCCAAGAGAAGCAGCCCCAGUCCAAUGUUGUUUUUGUUCGUGUGCAAGAAGCUGGAGAGCCUGGGGGAGAAGACCAGUCUGGCUAGGUUGCAGGGGCCCCCUUCAGUGGAAAGUAAAGGGAAAGGGAACCAACUUCGGGAAGUUAUAUGGAAAAAAUAAAGAUUUGUUUUUGGUUGGAAAUUGCUCUCUAUGUGCUCUUCUGUGUGAACAUCUUGGCUGCUACGUAGAACACAGUCUUAACACUAAAGGUAGAGUGUGCGGAUGCCCUGCAGUGUCUCUUAGAUUAAUCACCUUCUUGACUAGGUAUCUUCCCAAGCCAGAACCUGGCAUCGGCAGGUCUUGUCUGGAUAACCUGUUAUUGUUGGCUUCCUUUUAAUAUAUAGGUGGGGAAAGAUGCUUUUUUGUAUGUGUCAGAUCUCCGAUCUGAUUUCCUAAAUGUAACUAAUUUUACAUAUUUGUGUCAAGAUACAGCACCUUGGGUGUGGGGUGUGGAGACCCCUUUUCCCUUUAAGGGGCCAGACAUGAAGGAUUUAUACAUCCUCAGCUCAUGCUGCUGCAGAAGCACCAUGGGGUUGGUGUGACCUGGAGAAGACUACUUUACUGACACAGGUCCCCAAGUAUGGGCGAUGGAAUAAACUCUCAGUGGGACUGUUAAAUACGGAAUGGCAGUAAGCUAUAUUUUCAUCUCAUUAAUGAGGACAGAGCAUGAGGGAAUGGGAUGAAAAAGACGUUCAUGAAGAAGUCUAUUAAAAUGUGCACAUUUAAGCCGGGCGGUGGUGGCGCACGCCUUUAAUCCCAGCACUUGGGAGGCAGAGCCAGGUGGAUCUCUGUGAGUUCGAGGCCAGCCUGGACUACCAAGUGAGUCCCAGGAAAGGCGCAAAGCUACACAGAGAAACCCUGUCUCGAAAAACCAAAAAAAAAAAAAAAAAAUGUGCACAUUUAGUAGGUGGGAACAGGAAGGGGAAGACACAAACUUAAUGUAAGAUUUCCAUGAAGGAAAUACUCCAGUCCAUUUGUGAG